AUUCCAUUUUUCUUCUUUUUCUCACCUCUCUCACGCGUUCUCGGCCGACCCUUCUUAACAAUGACAAAGCCCAAGUCAAAGAAAAAGGUUCUCGAUUAUAUUUAUCGAAGGAGAAAAUCAAAUCCCCCAGUCUCUAUAUAUUAUUGCUCACACCCAUCUCCCUCACUUUUCAUCUUCUUUUCUCUUCUGAAUCCCAUUUAUAAGAUCCACAGAUUUAUCAAUAUCUGGGUUUCUCUCUUUUUUCUUGUUCUUUGGUUGUAACGAUGAUGGUGAAAGAUGAGUGGGUUCAGGCGGCGAUCACGGACGACAACGUGGUGGUUGAGUUGUUGGUAAGGCUCAAGCAAGCCCAGGUGGCACCGCCGGUUUUCAAUUCUGCCUUGCCCGCGUUUAGGUGGGGGAUACGUCAGCGGAGGUCUAAACGCAUGUUGCUGCGAUGCGACGGAAACAGAGACGGAGGUAGUCCCACCACGCCGCUUUGUUGGAGCGGUGGUAGCAGCGACGCCUCUCCUUCCGCCGUCGACGGCUUUGAAGAGAUCAGCACACACGUCCACCGCUCAAAUCCUGUCGCACCUCCCAGAUCCAAGGGCAGUGCUUGUAGUGGAACCAACAGAACAAGUUCCAAGAGGUCAAGAAGAAAGAAGACACUUGCUGAACUGGAGGAGGAGGAGGAGGAGGAGGAGGAGGAUGGGAGUUGUAAAGAACAUCAAACCACGAACGAGAACUUGAAAAGAACUAGGCUUCAUUCGAACUCGAGUUUAAUCGAUAAUGAACCAGAAAUGGUACAUUGUCCGAGACCACCGGAUGGUGACCGUAAACCGCCGUUAGAUUCCCGCAACGCAGGCAAAGAUAUCUUCGUACUGCCUGAUCUAAAUAUGAUGCCCGGUGAAGACGACUCGGGUCCCGAAAUGUUACACGGGACUAGCUGAACGGGCAAAGAUAUUGAGGAUUGGUAGAGACUGUUGUUAUGAGGUAAAGACGAUCCCCUCAUUGCCGCCUUGUUUCGAAAUUUUAUGUAUAUAAAUUAGUUGCUUAUCUUUGUAGGUUAAAACUUGUUUAAACGAUUUCAUAGUAUUGGUGCUGGGAAAACAGAGUUUUUACCCUCUUCCCCUUUUUAACUUGGGGAGCAUUCCUAAAUUCAUUGAUGCCUGCUAUUUCUUACCGAUUUCCUUUUUACCGUGAACCGAAGGAAUUU